AUGCAUAGGGUGGUAGUGUUGAUGAUUUUAACUUUUCAGCAAGCUUCGCUUGGGCACUGGUGAGUGAUUCCCCCAUCAUGAUUAGUAUAAAAGGAGCUUUAAACGUGGUAUUAAUGCACGAAAAGGGUUGUUGUCGUGUCUGCUUAUUUUCUCCCCUUGUAGGCUAAUUAGAGCCACAGAGACAAGACGAGUUUUUGAGUAGAGCUAAGACCUAACGAGAAGCCAAAUCUCAAGAGAGAACACUUGUUGGUGAUUGUCGGCUGGGAGGUCCUCAUCAGGAAAUACUGUGCCUUAUUUGUACCAAUUGUACCACUUGCAAGGGUCUACAGUGACUUGUGACAUGAGCACUUAAAAUCCAUAGUAUAAAUGAAUAAAAGAACGGAGGGCAAAUUUAGAUUACCCUGACUCUGAGGACAAUUGUCUUUUCAAAUUCCUCAGUGAGAAGGUCAUUCGGGUAACUCCUCAGAUUGAAGCUCAUCUUACUUUUUUGCGUGGACUGGACAAGCGUGACGAUAUUGAGGUAAAUAAGUAACAUUUAGCGUUUAAACUCCUUGUUCAGAGAAAGGUUUCCAAAAAAACUUAACAAUUGGUUAAGGGCUAAGCUACAAGUAGAACACGCACAUUCAUGAGAACUGAAGAUCUACAACAGAUACCCAAGUGGGUUCGUGAAAAUGAUUGUUCCUAGAAACUAGCAAUCUCAGACCGUAAAUAUUUCGUUCAUGUUAUUUUCCAAACUCAAAUGGCUUCCUAUUUUCGACCUUAUAAAACUAAGAAUGCUCCUCUUUGUCUUAAACGUAAAUUCAAUUCCUUGUCUUCCCUUCGUUAAACUGGUUUGCGCACCAGAUCUUGCGCUUUUAAUCUUCAAGUUCCCUUCUUGCGGUCUAAUUCUGAAAAGCGCACAUUUGCUUUCUCUGCUGCCACCCUUUUUAAUUGCCUUGAUACUGAUCUUAAGCAAAUAGUUAGUGUAUCUCUUUCUUCUACUAUUUUUUCAUCUAGAUUAAACAAUUUUAGCAUAAACUUCUUAUCUUAUUCCUUAAGUCUGCUAGUAAUGUUUCUCGCCUUGAGGAAUUAAUGUGUUAUGAUUGUCGUUUUCUCUUUAUUAUGACUGUAUUAGAAGUUAAUUGUUUAUAUCAUAUAUAUAUAUAUAUAUAUAUAUAUAUGAUAUUAUAUCUAUUUUAAACCAUACAAUUUAUAGUUUUAGUUUCUCUCGUAGUAAGUCGUUUUGCUGAUUAGUCAUUAUUUUAUAUAUGUAUUUGUACUGCUAUGAAGGCCGUAAGUUAAAUAACUCAUUGGGUUAAUUACGUCACUUUCGUUAAAUAAAGAAUAUUGUAUUGUAUCUUAAAAACGUUGAUAGGUUUGCCCCUUUUAGACAAUUUUUGGGUCACAUUUUAAUCCUGUAGGGUUUUUAAAAUCUGUGCGCCAUGAGUAUCAAAUCAGAAAGGCAUCAUGCAAUUAUAAAUGAAGUUAUCCAUAGGAAUUUCCGGUGAAAGAUCAUUAGAAUCGACCAGUCACAGAGCUAUAAACAUUUCUUUUACUAUUAUUUUUAUACGUUUGUUUUAGAUUGACUUCUGGAGAAGCCCAAGUUAUCUUUUCCAGGCAGUUGAUAUUGAAGUUUCAGAGAAAGAUUUCUCAACCCUUUCCUCCAUCCUUGAAGACCAUGGUAUCGAUUUCGAAGUCCAAAUCAAUGAUGUGCAGAAAUUGAUCGAAGAGGAGCUGGAAACGGUUGGAGGAAGGAGUGGAGAAUGGCACGAUAGAUAUCACAACCUUGAAGAGGUACGCAUGCUCAAGAAAUAAUAGAGCCAAGAGAAUGGACUCCCAUACAGAUCCUAAUGGAGUUUUCUGUUAAGGGACGGGUCAUUUCAUUUUAUUGAUUCCCCUCUAAGACUCUUUAGCAUUCUUAUGACAUCCUUUUAACUGGCAGUCAAUUUUCUAUGAUCCCUCCGACACCCCUCGUGACAGUCUCCCAACGAAUUAAUUCUGAUCAAAUUUUUGUUUUGUCUUCUUUUGUUUCGUUUACUGUUUUUAUUAGAUUCACUCCAAAUUGAAUGAGUUCAGUGGACGUAUGGCAUCUAUCUUAUAUCUGGGAAGGUCACACGAGGGAAGGGAAAUGCGGGCCAUACAGGUUUGUUGAGCGAAUUUAUUGUCAUGGUUUGCCAAGUUUCCAUUCACAAUCCGUGUCAAUCUUCUCUAUUCUAAGUCCUCUACGCUCAUUCUUUGUUCAUACCCCACCUUCUGGUGUUUUUCAACCUCGGCCAAUAAUUAUUUCACGGUUUUAUGAAAAUUAAGGUAGUUGCUUUAAGCAAGCUUAUUGGUUGCGAUUUUCAUCGUGAAAUUUUUUAUUGUUACUUUUAGAUAAAAGGAAGGGGCCGUUAUAACAAGCCGGUGUUUUUCAUUCAAUGUGGGAUACAUGCCAGAGAGUGGGUGUCUCCGGCAACCUGUAUGUACAUCAUAGACCAGGUACGCUCAUUCAUUGAAAAAAAUGUGAUGUAAUUAUGGGAUAAUAAUAAUAAUGAUACCUUAUUUGUAUAGAGCUAUUUCUAUCAAAAUCCAAUAGCGCUUUACAAUGACUGAAUUAAGCAUAAAGUACUUGAAAAUCCCAACUUUCAGGAGGCAGACCAGUUGGUUAUUUACUCAGCGUAGCUGAGGAGUUAAACUCGGGGUGAUCGAGAACAAAUCCAGGGAAACGGCAGGGUGGUGGAUUUAAACCUGGGGCCACCAGAUUACAAGUCCAGCACCCCAAUCACUCGGCCAUGCCGCCUACUUCCUAGUCUCAUAUAAAAGUAACAAGAGCUCCGCAUUAUGUACGAUGUCUUUGUCUCUCAUGGUAAUUGAGAGAUAAAUAAGCGUUAGGGGAGGAGUAGGUGCGCAGUUGUUCAGAUACCGACACUGAUCCCAGACUUCUUAUAGAGAAGUGCAUAAUUCAUAAUCAUUCAAAUCGAAUUUCACUGGCGUAGAUAUUGACUAUCUAAAUGAUAAAUUUACUACUUCAUCUUAGCCCUUUAAUCACGUGAGUGACCAAGACAGAAUUCCUCUUUAAAUUAUCAAUACAAUAUCAAACAGACAAGUGAUGAGAAUAAAGGAAAAUGUUAAUUAGGGAAUUAUUAGUUGAUCCAAUACCAAAUUCUCUAAACUAACAUCAUAAGACAGUAUGGAGAAUUACUAAACAAAUGAGAUCUUGGGAGUUAAAGGGUUAAGCUGUGGGAGAGAAAAAUAACUUUUUUUUUUUAUUUAGAUGACUCAGAGGUAUGGAAAAGAUUCAUCAGUAACGGCUCUCUUAGAUAAGAUGGAUUUCGUUAUAUUGCCAGUCCUAAAUGUCGAUGGAUACGCUUACACCUGGAUAAACCCGGUCAGUUCAAUUCCGUAAAGUCUUUUAGAAUUAAGCAUUUCUGGUGACAACUUGUAGAACGCGAGAUCGAUAGUUCUUGUUUCAUUUGCACAACUCCACCCAAAAUCUGUUCCCUAACAUUUAGCUGUAAAAUUCUCAUUUGAUCGUCAUUAUCAUUAUCUAUCUCUUCCUCUCAUUCUUCUCCCGCUUCUCUUCAUCCUCCCUUUUUUCCUCCCUCUCACUUGUUCUUUUCCUCCUUCUCCUCUCCCCUCUCCGCCUCUUCUUCGUUCUCUUCCUUCCUCUAUCUUCCUUCCUCUGUCUCUUCCUAUCUCUUCUUCUCUUACUUAUCCUCCCUAUGCUUUCUCUCUUCCUCCCGCUCUUCCUCUUUAUUACUUCCCUCUCCUUCUCUCCUCCCAAUCUUUGAUCUAUUUCUUACCUUCCUCUCCUCCUUUUGCUCCCCCUCUCUCUCCUACCUCUCCCCUCCCUCUCUUCCGUCUUCUCCACUUUUCAUCAUGAUCCUUCUCUGCCUUCUCUUCAUCAUCAUCAUCAUAAUCAUCAUCAUCAAUUAUCAUCAUCAUCAUCAUCAUCAUCAUCAUCAUCAUCAUCAUCAUUUUCAUCAUCAUCAUCAUCAUCAUCAUCAUCAUCAUCAUCAUCAUCAUCAUCAUCAUCAUCAUCAUCAUCAUCAUUUUCAUCAUCAUCAUCAUCAUUUUCAUCAUCAUCAUCAUCAUUUUCAUCAUCAUCAUCAUCAUUUUUAUCAUCAUCGUCAUCAUUUUCAUCAUCAUCAUUAUCACCUUUUGCUCCUUCGCACUUUUCAUUGUUUUCUCCUCUAAUUCCCUCUCUUAAUUUCGCGUUCCUUCUUCUCUUCUCCUCUAUCGUCCUCCCUCUCCUCCACUCUAUCCUCCGCUUCUCCUACCCUCUCUCUUACCUCUCCUCCCUCUCUUCCGUCUUCUCCUCUUCUCAUCAUAAUCAUCUUCUGCCUCCUCUUCAUCGUCAUCAUCAUUAUCAUCGUCAUCAUCAUUAUCAUCGUCAUCAUCAUCAUCACCUCUCUCAUAGAGAGACAGGAAAUAUCGUCGCUACCAUGGUUCAAGAUAUCGCUGCCAUGGCGUGGAUUUAAACAGAAACUGGAAUCAUGGUUGGGGAGGUAGGUUGUGGUAACAGAGAUUUUACAAGUGAAAAAAGAAUUCUGUUGGCCGUCUCGUUACUUUGUUUGUUUUCACCUUUAAGUUACUCCUAAUAUCACAGAAAAGCUCAUUUGCAUUUGGAUGGGUGCUUACUUGUAGUGUAUUAGACAGCGGGCACUUUUGCCAUAGGUGACGUUUUUAUCGAUAUAUGGGUGAUCUUUGACAGCUGCUGAUUAAAGCUGAGUAACUUUUUGUCAUAAAAAUAAAUCUCUGAGUAAUGGUUAACUUUAAUGUUUUAUAACAGGCUCUGGGGCCAGCCACAGGCCAUGUGAUACCACCUACAGAGGUUCAUCACCUUUCUCUGAGAUCGAAACCCGUAAUGUUCGCAACUAUUUGGAAGGAAUGGGAGGAAAACUGAAGGGUUUUAUCGAUUUCCAUGCCUACAGUCAGAUGUGGUUUAUUCCGUGGGGGUACACUUCCAGAAGAACACCGGACUAUAGUGAGCAGGUUUAAAAAGUUCCUUACGUCACCUAUAUAAUGUUGGCUUUUGAGUAUUGAAAAAAUGUUGCUCAUGCCCUGUUUAUGGGUCAAAAUAAGUAUGAAAAUGUUUUUUAGCUUAGUUGUUUUUAUGUAGAUAAGGGACUUCUGCUGGGUUUUAGUAUCUGAGAAAGGGAUCGACUAAUCGGCCCAAACAGACAGACGGACAGACUGACAGACAAACUGUCGGACUGACUUCCCGACUGACUGGCCGACUGACCGACAGACUGACAGACUGACAGACUGACAGACAGAUUGACCGACUGACUGACUGACUAACUGACUGCCAAUAACAAGCGGACAGACAGGGAGACAGACAGUCAUACAAUCGGUAGACACUCAUGAUCAAAACAAAGUCAGACUGAUAAAUAUAGAUAGGCAGACAAGCAGACAAACAGGCAGAAAGAAAGAAUGAACAAAGAAAUUCAAAAUGGGCAUUUCAAUGUUUUUGAUCAACUGCGUGAUUUUUUUUUCCUGUUGCCAGAUAAGAGUCGCUAAGGCUGCCUCAGAUGCUCUGAGAAGGGAACAUGGAACAAGAUUUAAAUAUGGCUCGUCUGCAUCUCUGUUGUGUGAGAAUCAAACAGUGAUCUUUUAUCCUUAAUAUUUAUUUUAUCUUAAGCACUAAAAGAACUAAGAACAUUGAGGAGAGAAAGUUGAGAAAACGUGGAAUUCGUGUUUAAAAAAAAUAGACGGAAAAUCGCACGAACAGGGUCUACUUAAAAUAGAUUGGACAGCUCCAAUCGAUUAUGGACGGCAACAAACAUUUUCGAACCGUGUUAUCUAAUUUCCAACACUUCCGCCCGGUUUUGUGGGCUCAUUUUUAUUUGACCCUUAUUUUCAGAUCCUGCGUCUGGAGGCUCGGAGGAUUGGACUUACGGAAAGCUUGGCGUGACCUACUCAUUUUCCGUGGAGUUGCGUGACACAGGUCGUCACGGUUUCUUACUGCCAGCCAAUCAAAUCAUCCCAACAGGAGAGGAGACAUUCGAAGGGUUAAAAGCUUUGGUCAGAGAAAUGAGAGUGUAAUCAUUCAAGGAGGAUAAAAUUGUAAUGUGC